CGCUUGCCCCACCCCUUUGCUCACAAGAUGGCGGCGCCCAGUGGAGUCGAGGCCGCGCCUGGGGUUUGCCGAGGCUGACUCCCUGUCCCGCUCUCCUUUUGGGUGCCAAUUGCCGCGAGCGGGAGGACAGGGGCCGGGCGGGGACAGGGGCACCUGCGUGGCUGGACCGCGAGCCCACGCCCAGCCUGCGCCUCCCCCACCCGGCCCCGGCCCGGCCCUUCACGAUCCCGUCCCAUCCUUCCCGGUCUCCUCCCGGUCCGACCCGUUGCCCGGCCUUGUUUGCAGCUCCAGGCUUCUAAAGCUGAGGUACUUCCACCAGUCCGGGCUCCCUGUCACUUUAGAGAUGUUCCUCCUCUCCGCUCCCAAACAGCCCGCCUUCCAAACCGGGACUCCUUUCCCUCUUCUAAAAGUCUUCCUUCCAACCCACUUCUUUAGACCUUGGUUCUCCCUUGGUUAGACGUUCACAUUCCUCCCACGUUAACCCCGAACUCUCAACACUAUUGGCAACCUUGACACCGUCUUCACAGAGGAGCCAGCCUUUCCUGUGUUCUGAACUCCACAGCCCCCCUAUCAUGGAGGCUGUGUACCUGGUCGUGAAUGGGGUGGGCCUGGUUCUGGACUUGCUGACCUUGGUGUUGGAUCUCAACUUCCUGCUCGUGUCCUCCCUUCUGGCUACCUUGGCCUGGCUUUUGGCCUUCGUCUACAACCUGCCACAUACAGUGCUGACCAGUCUUCUGCACUUGGGUCGAGGAGUCCUACUUUCUUUGGUGGCCUUGGUUGAAGCAUUGGUCCGAUUUACCUUCGGAGGAUUACAGGCCUUGUGUACUCUUGUCUAUAGCUGCUGCUCUGGCUUGGAGAGCUUAAAGCUACUGGGACACCUGGCCUCUCACGGAGCUCUGAGGAGCCGGGAAAUACUGAACAGAGGCAUCCUGAACGUGGUCUCCAAUGGCCACGCUUUGCUGCGCCAGGCCUGUGACAUCUGUGCCAUUGCCAUGAGCCUGGUGGCCUAUGUGAUCAACAGUCUGGUUAACAUCUGCCUCAUCAGCACUCAGAACUUCUUCUCCCUGGUGCUGGCCCUGUGGGAUGCUGUGAUGGGGCCUCUGUGGAGGAUGACAGACGUGGUGGCUGCUUUCCUUGCUCACAUUUCCAGCAGUGCUGUGGCCAUGGCCAUUCUCCUGUGGACCCCCUGCCAACUGGUACUGGAGCUGUUGGCCUCAGCUGUCCGUCUCCUGGCCAGCUUCCUGCUUUUCCACCUCACUGGAUUGGCGCUGCUGGCUUGUGUGCUGGCAGUGACUUUGGCUGUGUUGCAUCCAGACCUCACCUUGAGGCUGGCCACCCGAACUCUCAAUCAGCUUCUCGCCCGUCCAACCUAUCACCGGCUCCGAGAGGAUGUUGUACGGAUGCCUCGCCUUGCACUGGGUCUAGAGGCCUGGCGCAGGAUUUGGAGCCGAUGUCUACAGCUGGCCAGCUGGCCAAAUCGGGGAGGAGCACCUGGGGCCCCUCAAGGUGGCCCCAGGAGGGUGUUCACAGCCAGGGCCCAGGGACAGAAUACUUUUCCUGAAGCAGAAGAGGAGGUCAGGAACAUCAGAACAGAACCCACUAGAAGCCGGGAGAGACUCAAUGAGGAUGAGCCUACGGCUGGGCAGGACCCGUGGAAGUUGCUGAAGGAGCAAGAGGAGCGGAAGAAGUGUGUUAUCUGCCAAGACCAGAGCAAGACCGUGCUACUUCUACCCUGCCGGCACCUGUGCCUGUGCCAGGCCUGCACCGAGAUCCUCAUGCGCCAUCCUGUCUACCACCGCAACUGCCCGCUCUGCCGCCGUGGCAUCCUGCAGACCCUCAAUGUCUACCUCUGAAGACUCCCUCCCUGCCCACUCACCCUCGGCCCCCCACAGGCUAGGACAGCAUCAACAUUUUGCCUCUGGGAUUUGGCCUGAGUCUUCUUCGCCCCGACAACGACUCUGCCAAGCCUCAAGCCAUAUAUCCAGAACAUGUAGCUGGAAUGCCCUGAAGACUCCAGUCUGGGCGGGACAGGGUAACAAUUUUUUUUCUGAACCCUGUGGGGGGACCCGUGAAGCUGAGGGUGGUGAGUAUGUCACUAUGCAAGGGCCCUGAGACUCUGUAUUGGGCUCUUCUGCCCAGGGCCCACCCAGAUGCCUGCCUCUGGGGCUAUCUUUCUCUGCUUCUGGCUUUUCUGUUGGAGUCUUUGGUCCUUUCCCCCUAGGCCACACCACAUUAGUGUCAUUUGAGGAUUUUGGCAACUCAUGGGCCUUGGAGUGAUCUUGAUUUUUCUUUUUUUUUGUUUUGGAAUGAUCUUGAACCUUUAUGUUCAGCCAGAGCCUCUGCCCUGGUGGGUCUGGGAGUGGAAUCCCGAAGGUGCCCUUAGAUCCACUUCUGCCUGUCAUUGUCUUUUAAAGACUCCCAACUUGGGGUCAAGAGUUUAUCCCUGGGCAUAGGGGUGCAGCUACACCUGGCUUUGGGACCAUUUACCCUCAGGCACCCCAGCACCACGGGGAUCCUCAGAAGAAAUAACCAGAUCUCUACUCAUUCCCAACAUGGCAUAAAACAUGGCAUUCCUCCUGGGCUCUCUCUGGCAUUGGGAGGGCAUUCUGCACAUUUCACUAGGGUCCAAACAAAGGGCCAGGCCUCAGGGGUCAUGCAGCUCUGUUAGGUCAGCCUGCCCAAUUUCUAUUAAUAAAGUUCUGUUGACAGCUCUAA